AUGUGCUGCCGGACUUACUACUUGCUGCAAAGAGACUUGAGGGAGUUGGAAGAGAACAAGUAUAAGGGUAUUGUUGCCUUUCCUGUAAGUGAAGAUCAGAUGACAUGGGAAGCUAGAAUUGAAGGUCUAAAGGAUACAAUUUGGCAAGGAAUAUUACUCCGACUGACAAUAACUUUUACACCAGAAUAUAAUCUCGCCCCUCCAGUUGUGAAAUUUAAAACCAUUCCUUUUCAUCCAAAUGUAGACCAAAAUACUGGUCAACCCUGUAUAGAUUUUUUGGACAACCCUCGUAAGUGGAAAGCAAGCUAUACAUUGAGCAGCAUCUUACUCACCCUCCAGGUUAUGCUUUCUAAUCCAGUGCUAGAAAAACCAGUGAAUUUGGAAGCAGCCCAAAUACUGACUGAAAGUGAAUCUAUGUACAAAUUAAUAAUUCAAAAAAUUUACCGUGACACAUUACUAUUGGAUCAAGUCAGCUCUUAUUCAUCUGAAGAUUCAGAUAAACUUAUCAAAGCAAUUAAAAUUUCAUUUGACGAUUACCACAAGACCUGGUCUGAAAUAGCUACGUCCAAAGCUGCCGAGUGUUUCAGAACCCCAAUGCUCCAGAAUCCAGCUUUCCUUGGACACCAUCAUAAAUGGAAGAAAAUGGAGCGAAAACAUCAGAAAGAAUGGAAUUUAAAGUAA